UAAAAUCAACCUCUUAAGUACUACUUAAUUAACUCUGAUACAAGAAGACAUGGGUAGUUUCACUUUUGCUCAGUGUCUCAUCCUGAUUCUUGCUGCUUCCUCGUUGGCAGUUUGUACGGCCUCCCGUCGCCCAAAAUACACACAUGCCCCCAACAAGAUCAUUGUAGGCGGAUCGGAGGGCUGGCGCUUCAACUUCACCUACACUAAUUGGGCGCGCAAAAAUGGCCCCUUUUACGUGAAUGAUACUUUAGUUUUCAAGUAUGAUCCACCAACAGACAAUACAACAAUUCCUCACAAUGUGUACUUGCUACCAAACCUUCGGAGCUUCUUAAAGUGUAACUUUACGGGAGCGGAGUUGUUGGCCGAUGUGACGCAAGGAGGUGGGCAGGGCUUCGAGUUCGUGCUGAAAAAGUGGAAGCCUCACUACUUUGCUUGCGGUGAGCACGACGGCACCCAUUGCAGCGUUGGACAGAUGAAGUUCUUUGUCAUGCCAAUGCUCCGUUGGUAUUGAUGGAUAAUAUAGAAAACGAGACACGGGAAAGUUACUGCCUACUUAGUUGCUACUCUCUCUUUUUAUUUUAUGUUUAUGUCGUCUCAAAUUAA